AUGACGCGCCGCAAUGCCUGUUACGCGCUCAACGCGGUCGGAACUCCGACUGUUGAUGCGCUGCGAGAUGCGUUGAAAGACUCCCGUGAAUACGUGCGGAAUAACGCCGCAGAGGCACUCGGCGACUUGGGAAAUAAGGCAGAAUCAGCGGUGCCUGCCCUGGUGGAAACGUUAGCGGAUACCUCUGGCUCCGUGCGGUCGCGCGCGAUAGAGGCGUUAGGAACAACGAGUCAAUCGAGUUCAAUCGCUGUUCCCGGUCUUGUGAAGGCAUUAGAGUACCCGCACGAUGGCUCACGGCAAAAAUGCGGUAUUCGCGCUGGCGCGGAUUGGUCAGAACGCGACUGA